CCGGCCCCGUAGCGGCGUUCUGGCGUCGCUGUUAGCCGACUAGCUUAGCUAAAGCAGUACAAGUUAGCUCGCGUGCUAACGUCUCCUAUGUAUUCCUAUAGAGUUAGCCGCUAGCCUACGUACACUGCUCGGCUAGCACAUAGCUCCUGACACUCGGCUAACAAGGUACAAGAAAAACGCGAAUAGCGUCACGCACAGGGGACUCGAGCACACAACUAGAGUAAAGAUAAACCGGUGUAUCGGUGCCGUAAAGCAAACCGGUGACACGCGGUAUGUUUGGUGCUAACCGGAAGAAGUUUAUGGAGGGAGGGGUAGAGAGCGACUACGCGGACGACUCCAGCCUCUACUACACCCAGCAGUCCAUGUUCCCUCCACACCGCCCCGACAAAGAUAUGCUGACGUCUUCCUCUGCUUCCUCAACGGGUCAACUGUCGCAGCUGGGAGCCAGUUUAUAUGGCCCGCAGAGUGCUUUGGGGUUCCCCAUGCGAGGGAUGAACAGCAGCGCGGCGCCUCAGUUGAGUCGGAGUGGGCUGAACCAAUCUGCCAACCAGCUCCCCAGUCAUGCCAGUACCGCCAACACCGGCACGAUGCACACGCCUCCCUCACCGAGCAGGGGGAUUCUGCCAAUGAGCACCCGCAGCGUGCUGAACCACAGCCAGCAGGUGGGGGGUCCGACGGGGCAGACGGGUGGGAUGGGGGGGGUGGGGGUGGAGCGAGGAGGAGGAGGUGUAGGAGGAGGGAGGAGCAGCGGCAUGGGGAGCCCCAGCCGCUCGUCGCCGAGCAUCAUCGGGAUGCCCAAACAGCAGCAAGCACGGCAGCCUUUCACCAUCAACAGCAUGUCGGGUUUUGGUGUGAACAGGAAUCCAGGAUACAACAUGAACAACUCCUUAUCCAACAACAUCUUCAAUGGCACAGACGGCAGUGAGAAUGUGACGGGGUUGGACCUGUCGGACUUCCCAGCGUUAGCGGACAGGAGUCGGAGGGACGGAGGCUCGAAUCCCACCCCGCUGCUCAACCCGCUGGCCGGUCGGGCCCCGUACGUUGGCAUGGUAACCAAGCCGUCCAGCGAGCAGUCGCAGGACUUCUCCAUCCACAACGAAGACUUCCCGGCGCUGCCCGGACCGAACUACCAAUCGAAGGACCCAACGGGCGCCAGCGAGGACAGCAAAACGAAUCUGAACUCGUCGGGGAAGCCCGCUUCCUCGAGCGCCGACGGGCCCAAGUUCCCCGGCGACAAGAGCUCCGCCCCUAGCAACAACAACCAGCAGAAGAAGGGCAUCCAGGUGCUUCCCGACGGGCGCGUGACCAACAUCCCCAUCGGCAUGGUAACGGACCAGUUCGGGAUGAUCGGCCUGCUGACGUUCAUCCGGGCGGCGGAGACCGACCCCGGCAUGGUGCACCUGGCGCUGGGCUCCGACCUCACCACGCUGGGCCUCAACCUCAACUCACCUGAGAAUCUUUACCCGAAGUUUGCGUCUCCGUGGGCGUCGGCUCCGUGUCGACCGCAGGACAUCGACUUCCACGUGCCCUCGGAGUAUUUAACCAACAUCCACAUACGAGACAAGUUAGCCGCCAUCAAGCUGUCUCGGUACGGUGAAGAUCUGCUGUUCUAUCUUUACUACAUGAACGGAGGAGACCUGCUACAACUCCUGGCUGCAGUAGAACUGUUCAACAGGGACUGGAGGUACCACAAAGAGGAGCGGGUCUGGAUCACCAGGGCUCCGGGCAUGGAGCCCACGCUGAAGACCAACGCCUACGAGAGGGGGACCUACUACUUCUUCGACUGCCUCAACUGGAGGAAGGUGGCCAAGGAGUUUCAUCUGGAGUACGAGAAACUAGAAGAGCGACCUCACGUUCCCUCCACGUUCAACUACAAUCCUGCCCAGCAGGCCUUCUGAUUGGCUCUACCUCCUCCUGCCUGCCUGCCAUUGGCCCUCCUGGCUCAUCAAUCACCUCCCCCCCCCCCCUCUCUGGGUUCAUCCACACUCUCAAAGCGAAUCUGGCCAAUAAGGACUCGGGGGGGGGGGGGGGGGGGCUUAAAAAGAUUCCUAAUAGACUUUUUUUAAUUUUAACUUUUUCCGAUUUAUUUUAUUUAGUUUUUUUUGUUUGACCUUUGCCUCACGUUCUGUUCAGUUUGUUUUUUAUUUCCCACCCCUCCUCCAUCGAGUCUGUUACGUGGAGACAACACAAGCACUGUAAAUAUCGUCCAUCUGAUCGAGUGAUUCUUGUUUCUAUCCAGUCUUAAGAUUUUGACUAUUUUUGUCUACAGAAGCUUUUAAGAAGAACCAGAUUUUAAACACGGACUUCAAUCACCUGUCAGGUGGAUCUUUAUUUCACACUGUGUCGCACAUUGGCAGGAACAUAUUUAACUUUAUUUUUAACAGGGUUUUUUUCAACAAGCAUUAAAAAUCCACAACAACACGUCAGAGUCAGGAGAGAAGAUGCAAUGUACAUUGUAGCACUAUUUCAUAAUAAAAGAAGAAAAAUAACUUUUUUGGGGGGUUUGUUGAUGUUGACGGAAACAAACUCGUGAAAGUCUCCGAGAGGGAUGUGUUCGACAUUUAGACCGCGCUUCACCUUUAUUUAUUCAUCACGAGGGAGAGAAACUAAAACCGCUGGUCACUGUAUUUAAAAUAUUACUCGGAACAAGAGAACGGGUUGCCUUUUGAGCGGCGGAUAAAUACACUUAAUUUGAAUAGAGCGUAUUAUUAUUAUUAAGGAUUUUACAGGCGUGGUCAGGUGAAAGUGAAUUGGAAUGAAAGUCAACUUUUUUUUUUUUAUCCUUUUGAUUUGAGUUAAAAGUUUUCCAGAAGUUCAACAAUUUAUUAUGUUUUAUUAAUUAAUCAGCAGGUUAUUUUCUAGUAGAUUAAAAGGCUGUUAAAGUUAAAACGAUUAUUCAAAUCAAGUUGUUUUAAUUAUUUUUGAUCAUCAAUUAAUUGAUUAGAGUAAUUUUUGAAGCGGAAAUAGUUCCAAUAUUUUUAAAUGUCAGCUUCUCAAAUCAAAAUUUCCUUUUUUUCUUUUUUUUAAACAUUUAAUAGAUACACAAUUAUUGAUUGAAAAUAAAUUACUGCUAUAAUAAUAAAAAGUAACCGAUAGUUGCACAAACUGCGCACAUAUUUGGACUUAAAAUUUGACGACAAGAAAGCCAGAAUAAAUAAAUAAUGAGUGAAAUAUAAAUAGAUUAUCUCCGCACAGCUGGGUGGAUUUUAAAUGUGAGCACAUCUCUUCCACGAAGACGCAUCUCUCCCAGUUUUUUUAUUCUUUUUCAUCUUUAUUUUUAUUCAAACAUUUCCUGCUCCCUCCUUCCAGGGGAGCUCCCUGUUUUGUUUGUUUACCUUUUUUAUAUAUUUAAGUUAUUCUACUUUAAUUUACAUUUAUUGUCUAAGUUCUGCCUGACAACAGUUUAAACCAAUCAGGCUGCUGGAGUGGCACCUCUCAGGAUCAUUAAGGGGAAAACUAAAUCUAUAUUUUCUGACUUUCAUUUUCCUGUCGAGAGUCAGACGUUCGGAUUGAAACCUCACAUGUCUGUACGCUAACUAUGAAGCUAUCUCUAGCAAACAUUAGCGUAGCUUAGCAUGAAAGACGUCUUUUUACACUUCAGUUUUUAUACAGAUUGAACAAAUAAGAUAAACAGUUGAUCGGCUUCAGGGGAGCCGGGAGGCGGAUUCUGUCUCUUUUGGACAGAGCCAGGCUAGCUGUUUCCACCUGUUUCCAGUCUUUAUGCUAAGCUAAAGCUAACCUGCCGCUGGAGUUAACUUCAUAUUUAUCGUACGGACACGAGAUUGGCAGCAAUCUCAACAUCUGACUCACUUGAGGGAAGUGAAAAAAAGUUUAUUUCCCAAAAUGUCUGUUAGUUUUUAGCCGUCUACACGUGUACGGAUAUUUAAUUAAAUCAAAACAUCUCCGUCCACUAGAAUUAUUUUUAUUUAUUUACAUUUGUUUAGAGACCUGAUGCCACAUUACAAAUUACUUGGAAGCAGCAAUGUGAGAAUUAACAGAAUAAUUUCUCAUUUACGUUGUUUUUUCUGCCCAAUUUAGACGUCAACUCAAAUCUUGUCCCACGUUUCUCAGUCUGGAUCCCAUUUUUCAGAUUAUUCUGUCACCUCGUGAAUGCAGCAUUGAAGCUUUGUUUACGUGUGGACAAGAGGUCACAACAUGAAGGAAAUAAUAUAUAUAUUUUAAAUAUUUCUGUAUACGUGUAGAUGGAAACGAGUCCAGGUCCAAACCAACUCCACCCAAAAAAAGGCCCUUUAAAAAAAAUGCUAAACAUCAGAUUAUUUCUUAUUUUUUACAUUUCCUCCAGGAGGCACCAAUGUACAGGUGUGUGUUUAUUUAUUUAUAUUUAAAUAUACGUAUAAAUAAAUAAACACCGGCAGUGUUUUUAAGAAAAAAGGGAAAAAACUAAAAAAUUGUCUGAACCGAGGACGUCGCCCUCUGCUGGUCGCCAGUAAACGAUGCAAUACGAGACGUCCACCAGGAGACGUUUUUACAGGGGACCACGCUCGACCACGUGACCGCGGCGACAUCAUCGCCCGCCUUCCGACCACCAGGCCCAGCUCGUUCACAUUGCAGCAGCAACAAGCCAAGGACACGCCCACAGACCAAAUGUGACGCCCCGCUGGGGAGAUUUGAUUGGAGGACUCUGAGGCACUUGGCCGUUUGGCUGUUUUAUUAAAUAUGGCAGCUAGUGUUUUAAUAGGAAAAAGAAUCAAAUAAAUAUUCUGUUAAUGAAACUGACGGACAA